UCAAUUUCUUCUCCCCUGCUACUGAGCCAACCACUUCGCUCUGUUGAAUCGCAACAAUGGAUUCCGCCAUAGCGCAAAAGACAUGGGAAUUGGAGAACAAUAUUCUAACAGUAGAGAACCAAGACCCAUCAUCUGACUCCAUAUUCUACUACGACGACGUGGCGCAGGCCAAGUUCCAGCAUGAGAGGCCCUGGGCCAAUGACCCUAAUUACUUCAAGCGUGUCAAGAUAUCGGCGCUCGCACUGUUGAAGAUGGUAGUUCACGCCCGAUCCGGCGGUACCAUCGAGGUCAUGGGACUGAUGCAGGGCAAGACGGACGGCGAUGCCAUCAUCGUCAUGGACGCCUUUGCCUUGCCUGUUGAAGGGACUGAAACUAGGGUUAAUGCACAGGCUGAUGCGUACGAGUAUAUGGUGGAUUAUUCGCAGACCAACAAGCAGGCUGGACGUUUGGAGAAUGUUGUUGGGUGGUACCACUCUCAUCCUGGCUAUGGGUGCUGGCUUUCUGGUAUUGAUGUUUCAACCCAAAUGCUUAACCAACAGUUUCAGGAGCCCUUCCUAGCGGUUGUUAUUGAUCCGACUAGGACUGUUUCUGCUGGGAAAGUAGAGAUUGGAGCUUUUAGGACAUACCCAGAUGGGUAUAAGCCUCCAGAUGAUCCUAUCUCUGAGUAUCAGACCAUUCCUCUCAACAAGAUUGAAGACUUUGGUGUGCACUGUAAACAGUAUUAUGCAUUGGAUAUCACUUAUUUUAAGUCCUCUCUUGAUAGCCACCUUUUGGAUCUGUUGUGGAACAAGUAUUGGGUGAAUACCCUUUCAUCUUCACCUCUCUUGGGCAACGGAGAUUAUGUUGCAGGACAAAUAUCAGAUUUAGCUGAAAAAUUGGAGCAAGCAGAGAAUCAGUUUGCUCACUCUCGCAUUGGCCCAUUGGUUGGACCUUCUCGGAAGAAGGAGGAAGAAUCACAACUUGCCAAGAUUACUCGGGAUAGUGCAAAAAUAACCGUUGAGCAGGUCCAUGGUUUAAUGUCACAGGUUAUCAAGGACACCCUUUUCAACUCCGUACGUCAGUCAAACAGGUCUCGCACCGAGCAAUCUGACCCUGAGCCCAUGGUUGAAGCCUGAUCUAGUGUCCUAGCAAUGCAGCAAGCCAGCAACCUGCGAAAGCAUUACCUUUUUUAUGUUCCCUUUUCAUGCAGAGACUGGCAUUUUAUCAGAUAACAUGAUCAGAAGUUUGCUCAUUAACACCGAUGUGAAUCCUCUGGGCAAUCUUGUCAAUAUUUUUGGAACCUCAUGUUCAGGUUUUGCUUACCAUAUCGGUGCUUUCGCAUGCUGAAACUUCAACCCCAUUUUAGGAGGGAAUCAAAUUCUUUGUUCAAAAUUGUCAAUUAUUCCCUGUUUCUGAAAUGAGUUGACAACAAGUGAAAAUGAAUCAGAGCAGCAUGAGAUUGUAAGAUAAAAAAUAGGGUUUAGCGGGGUCCUCUUAUGACCACACAAAAUAUUGAAAAUAUGUUUAGUUUAUCUAAUUUUAUUAGUUUGUACUCUAUAACUGUUAAAGUAUUUAAAAAUAUAAAUUUAUUAGUUAA